ACAAUUGAUAACACAUAGAUAGAGCUCAGAGUAGUAAUGAAGCACCAAACAGAUGUGAACAGGUGUUCUACCUUUUCUCCCUUCAUCUCUUCUACGCUUAAUCAGAAUCGAAAACUAUUUCCUGCGUCAUGUAUUGAAGAUAAAUAUAUAAAUAUCGAACAUCAUAAAACACCAAGAGGUCAUCAUCACUCAUCGUCAUCUGAAACACUAAAGAGGACCACAAUUUGAUAAAGCUUUUAUUAUUUUUAGUGUGAAUAGAUUUGAACGAUGUUGUGGAUCGUGGUAGCAAUAGCCGUCAUAGCUUGGGUGUACCGGUUGCUAACUCGCCCCCACAAGUACUGGCUGGAAAAAGGGGUGAAACAAGGAAAUCCAGGAUUUCUUUUUGGGGAUAAUUGGGGAACGGUUUUCCGGAAAAGGUCUUUCGCGGAAAUGGUUUUGAUGGUUUAUAACAUCUGUCCAAAAGCUAGGUACACAGGCCUCUACCAGUUUUUACAACCCACCCUCUUACUAAAAGACCCCGACCUCAUCAAACAAAUCACCGUGAAAGACUUCGACCACUUUGUAGACCACCGAAGCUUUAUUUCAGAAGACAUUGAACCCCUCUGGGCUAAAAACCUUUUCGCCUUAACCGGUAAAAAGUGGCACCAAAUGCGAACAACCCUCAGUCCGGCUUUCACCAGCAGCAAAAUGAAGUACAUGUUCACUCUAAUAUCACAAAGUGGUGAACAAUUCGGAAACCACUUUUUGAAAAAAGACGAAAACUUGAUUACAAUUGAAAUGAAAGACACCUUCACUAGAUUCACUAACGACGUCAUCGCCAACACUGCUUUCGGAGUAGAAUGCGAUUCUUUGGGGGAUCGCGAAAACGAGUUUUACCUCAUGGGGAAAGAAAUCACAAAUUUUAGAGGCUUCUGGAAGACUUUGAAGAUCUUUGGAUAUUUUCUGGUGCCGAGGGUACUUAAGUUUUUCAAAGUUGGCAUAUUUUCCAACCGAGUUAGACACUUUUUCGAUAAUCUAAUCAAAACGAAUAUCCAAAGUCGCGAAAAACACGGAAUUGUCAGACCCGACAUGAUCCAUCUUCUCCUAGAAGCUCGCCAAAAAGGUCUCAAACACGACGAAACGCAGCUUAUUCAAGACACAGGUUUUGCCACAGUCGAGGAAUCCGAAAUCCACAAGAACCCCAAAAACGCAAAAGCAGAAAUUACGGACCAAGACAUGACCUCACAAGCUUUGCUUUUCUUCUUCGCUGGUUUUGACUCAGUUUCAACACUCAUGUGUUUCAUGUCGCACGAACUUGCGGUUAAUCCAGAUAUCCAGAAACGACUAAUGGAAGAAGUAGACGAAACUAGGGACGUUUGUAAGGGUCAAAUCACCUACGAAGGUGUUCUUAGUAUGAAGUAUAUGGACAUGGUGGUCUCUGAAGCUCUAAGAAAGUGGCCAAGUUCUGUCGCUGUGGAUAGAGUUUGUACAAAACCUUACACCAUUGAGGCGAAAUAUCCAGAUGAAAGACCUCUUCACUUGGAAAAGAAUGCAGUUGUUUGGUUGCCUAUUUUUGGGCUUCAUCGAGACCCUAAUCAUUAUCCGGAACCGGAGAGAUUUGAUCCGGAGAGGUUCAACGACGAGAAUAAGAUCAAUGUUAAACCCUACACGUACUUGCCUUUUGGUUCAGGACCCAGAAACUGCAUUGGUUCCAGAUUUGCCCUACUCGAGAUUAAAACGUUGUUCUUUUAUAUUUUGUCCCAUUUCGAAAUAGUUCCAGUGGAGAAGACCCAAAUACCUCUAGUUAUAAGCAAGAAAAAGUUUAAUUUGACUGCGGAAAAAGGGUUCCGGUUGGGACUUAAGCGCCGGUCUAUGUAAUGAAAUUGGGGUCAACCAAGUCAGGUUUGACGUUUCAUAUCGAUUUUCAAGCUCUCGCAACUUCAUUCAGGUUAUGUUUAUUAUCAAGUAAUGUAAAAAUGAACACAUUUAUGUAAAUAAAUUCGCAAGUAUGUAUCACACUAUGUUAAUUUUCGUUGAUAUAAACAAGCGUGACCUUGACUGCUGAGUGUGACGUAAUAACGUGAGCUGACCUAUCCAAAUUAUAAUGUAGUUUGUAUUGUAAGUUACUGGAGCGUAAUCAAGGACGAAACGCACUCCCAAACCGUGUCCACAUGUGAAUAUUAAGUCAGUUGUUUAGUGGUCUGUGCUAGUGUAAACACAACAAAUAAUCAAUAGGUUGGUAUUUUUAACUUUCUCGGUUCAAGUUUCCACUUUUGCGCUCUGUAUUUGAUUGUGAGAUAAAUAAAACACUGCGCGAUAUCAAA